UAAGCCACUCGAGGCAUGAGCAUUCAACGUUGUCCUAGGGUUAGUUGACUAGAGAAUGAUAAUACUGUAAGAAAACCAGAAAAAAAAUGAAGGAAAUAGCGGCUCCACAGCAGUCGAGUCAUCCCCUGACGAAUCAUUUUGCGACGAAUAACGGAAAUUCCAGUGGAAACAGCGUGACAAAUGGUAACAAUCAAAAGAGAUACGCUGUCCUGAGCACCGAGUGGAUAUCAACAAUUGGUGAGGAAUUGGGAAUGCACCCACUACCUGAUUCUGUGCUGAAGAGACUAGCUGAAGAUGCCUCUUAUCGUCUACGGGAGGUUCUCCACAAGUGUGUGACAAGAAUGAGGCACAGCAGACGGCGACGACUCACAUCGACAGAUGUCAAUUCAGUGAUAACCAAUCUCUGUGAUGCUGAUCCAAUCCUCGGGAUUCCGGAUCAAAUGCCAAGUUAUCACUCUGAGGCUAAAGUAUUCGUUCCUCAUGAGAGCUUCAUCGAUCUCACCAGUAGAUCUGUCAAUCCUGUGAGCCUGUCACAACCUGGAGCUCCUUAUCUCCAGGAAACUGAGAUAUGCGAUGCCAAGUUGACUGAGGCCAGGCACAAUUACGCCAAGAGAGCACUCAAGACCAUUUUCAAUGGAUCGCAGAAGACUUUUCAAGUAUUGCUGAAUGACUGCUCUACUAAUCCACAACUCGGGGGCGAAGGGGUCAUUGAUACCUUGAUAUCCACAGCCAGGUCAACAGUCAUCUCGAAUAAUGCUCAGUACACUAGAGUUACAACGAGGACUUGUCAAUUGAUCAUUGCUAUUGCCUGCAACAGUGAAGCUGUUUAUCCUUAUCACUUGUCUUCGGUAGAAAAAUUGACGGAAUUGCUGCUGGAAUUACUGCUGGGCUCCAGCUUCAUAAAUCCUCAUGUUGAGUCGUUAUUCAAGACUUGUGCACUGAAAUUAAUGCUGAGAUGGCCUUCGGUGGCGGAUAAAUUCACUCCAAUGUUGGAGGAUGUUUUUGUGAAAGAGGACAGAGGGAUUGCAGCCACUGACAAGAAAAGACUGACUGCUAUGGAGCUGCUGGCUGGUGUCCAGCCUCUCACGUUCUUCCAGCAGGCACCUGGAGGUCUUCUCUCUUUAGAUAAUGUUGUUAAAAGGGCACCUGCUGGGUCAGCCCUUUGGGAACAAUUAGCCUUGUCUGUUUGUGCCUUCAUGAAGUCAAGACAGCAGGGUCUCGAUUUGUCACCCCUAAUCGAACAUUUUGGGGACUCAAUACUGCCUUAUCUCAAUAAAAAACAGGAUAAAAUUGAGAGCAAGGAAAAUUCAAUGCCUGUGGUUCUUCCAAUAAUAGUUAGGAGUAAAAUAAAAUAUGCGAGUAUUAGACAGUGUUUGAAGAGCAGUGGGGACAGACAAGUGACCUUUCCAGACUCGAUAUUACGAGGACCAAGAAGAGAAAUCAGGUUUGCCUUUGCUGGUGGUCGUCCAGUUCCCCCGAACAAUUUACGACGAGUGAGUUUACGUGCCAGUUACCAAAUACUCAGGAGUGAUGUGCGUGCCACGACUGCACUAGUCGCCUGCCGACGACUCCUGAUACUCAAGGAUAGAAAGAAAAAUUUCCGAGGUUCUUACAAUCUAGCUGAUGUUCACUUGUAAAAUUUGUCAUUUAAUUAUUUAUGUGUUUCAUCGAGUGUAAGUCUGAGGGACUAUUCGAGCCUCUGAGUUUCUCAGAAUAUUUCAUUGUGAGGACAUUAAUUCUUUGGGAAAAAAAUUAAAAACGAGAAAUUUGAUUGUAAAAUUUCAUAUCAUUCUCAAUAUUAUUAAUUCUUAAUUUAUUCAAUAAUUCAUGCAUAUUCACUCACAAUCGAGCCUUCCAGAGCUGAUAAUUAGGGUAUUCACAAUUCGGAUUGAUUUUUUCUUUACGAGUUUCUCAAUUAAUCUCAAUUAAUCUCCUCUGAUGGGAGGCAAUCUCAAAGACUCCUCGAUAUUCCAAAUCGAUGUAGAUAAAAUAAUUAGUACUA